GCUCUUCUCUCCCGUCCCGUGAUGCCUCGCGCCGCGAGUGGAACAGGCGCAAGAUGGCGGCUGAGCGGCAGGUGGUCAGCGGCGGUAGCGGCCGUGGAGGUGGUGGAAGCGGCGGAGGCAACAGCGGAGGCUCCGCGGCGGGCCUAGAGGAGAACAAGGAGAAUGAGAAGCCGAAACCGGGCGGCCUCGGCGAUAGCCUGGGCCUGGAAAGUAUCCUGCCGGCAUGACGGGGUUUGGGGAGGGCUUAGUGGGGACGUGUCACUUAAGCGAGCGGCGCAGCCCUCCAUGCAGCCCUGGCCUCUGGCCCUCAGGAAGCCUCUGGCCCCUUCGGCCUCCGUGGGCCUUUCUCCCGCUGCCUCCCCCCUCGCUCUUUACAGGGCUGGGGAUGUGGCUGUCGGAGAAGGGGCCACUGGCAGAUUUCCUAAUGGGCAUUAGCGGGAGCAGCUGACGUGGACCUUAGGGAUGCAGAGCAGCAUAUUAGUAAUAAUUAAUAAUAAUUUUAUUAUAUAUACCCCGUCCAUCUUAGCUUUACAUUAGGGUACAGUUUCAGCCAGGCGUUAUGGGGUGGUCGGGGUUUUUUUUGUUUGGGGGGGGCUGUUACUCCUUGAGAUUUUGACAGAAUGGAUUUGGGAUCCAGCAACAUAUGGCAUAUUUAAGAAGAACUUUCUCUUUCCACUACCACCCCCUAAACCGCCUGGAUUUGCAGGCCACGUCUGUUUCUGAAAGGCUCCGUGUGGAAUUUAUUUUGUGGCAGUAGGCCAUGGCAGACUUAUUACCUGGAAAAAAAGCAGUGUUGAAAUGUGAAAUCCGUGUGCCGUUUGUAGCAAAGAUAGCUGAGCCCUGCUUACCGAUCUCUUUUUGGAGGAAAGAGUUAUUCUUUGGAAUUCUUUGGUUUCAUAUGCAUUUUUCUGGGGUGGGGGGUAUUUCCUUUGUAAUCUGCUCCUUAUAGCAGAUUAUAGAAGUACUGCUAAACUCUUUUGACUGAUAUAGCAGUCCUGUGCUGUUUCACAUUGUGGAGAAGCAUUCAUAACUGCUAUAUAAAAAUGAAAUGUUAUACCGUGGAAAGAAAUCCAGGUCCAAAGUGUUAUUUUGCUAAACUUUGUGGAUCUUUUGGUGAAAUUGAUUUUUCCUUGGUGUUACCAGCAUAUGUAACACUUUACCAAGCAAUACAAGUUUAAAAUAAAAACUUCCACAAAGUCAUUGCACCUAGAUGCUUACAAUUUAGACAGUGGGGGAGACAAGAGGCCAUUGUUGUGGAAUAGAUAUACUCUGAUAUAGAGUGAAAUAGUUGUUUAUGGAUUGAUGAGGGCAGCAUCAAAUUGUCAGAUGAACAAAGGUCAGUGUUUGAAAGUUAAUUCGGUGAUUGGGAUUAAAAGUAACUGGUGAUCAUGUAGAAAUGUGUUGUGUGCAGCAGAAAAUUUAACAGUCCCUGAAAAUAAUUUAAAGGCAUAUUUUUUGCCUCCUUCUCCAGAGCUACCACUAAAUACUGCAAAGUGUUCAUAGUGGACAGUUGUAGCAGUUCAUUGAAACCUACUGGAAAGUAUACCAUUUCAGAAAUUCAAUAUCCCAAACUGUGCAAUUGCCACAUGCAGUAUUAGCUAUCUUGAAAUAAGGAGAGCAUUUAUGCUUGCUUGCUAUUGUCCUCUACCCUUUGUUUUGCUAAUUGGCUGACUUCCAUAAAUAUUAAGAUUUAAUAAAUAUCUUUGUUUCUGUGGAUUCAGGAAGAGGGAACCGGUAGUUCAUGCUUUUUAUAUUGUGCGUUUGGAGCCUAGAAAGGUUGAUUUUUAAAAUUUUAUUAAGAACUGAUCAGAAGACCUAAUGAAUUUUUGAUACUUCAUUAUUUUAAGUGUUUACUCUUCUUGCGUUACUGAAAAGGCAGAUGGGAAAUGUAAAGUACAGACUACUUUUUGGCUUCUUUUUGAAUUUAUCUGUACACUUACUACUCUUACUAUACUCAUUGGCCUAUCUGUACCAGUUUUUAUUUUGUAACUGUAUUAAAUCAGAUCAGUUAAUCUCACAAAUUAAUGAUUAUGAUUGCAGUCCUCGAUACAGUUACCUGGAAGUAAGCCCCAUUGAACUUUAUCUCAUCAUCAAAUAUCUCUUUAUAAAUAUAUAAGGAACCAUUGGGUUUCCUAGAAUAUAGCUUAACUGAAUUUAAACAGUGAUCUUCAAGCUAACAUUGAUAUACACAGUUGUAUUGGCUUUCCAGUGAAUUCUCCUUGUGGUAAUCUGUAAAACUUAUUUUGUUUAACGCUUUCCCAGUUCAGAAAUAAGUAUCAGUGUAAUAUUACAAAAUAGAAAGUUAGUUAUUUACAUGUGCUCCAAAUAACAGCUGUCAUUUUAAUGAUACAUCUUUAGCAUCCUGUUUAACGUUUCCUUAACAAGUUCUUCAGUCCUUCAGAUUGUUAAGGAAUCGCAACAGCAACAUGGGUUACGGCAUGGUGAUUUUCAGAGAUACAGGUUGGUAUACUAGGAAUAACGAAUGGGAAUGAUUUGUUGCCAAUGUCCUUUUGUCUUUAUUUAAAUGACUAGGUCUAAACAGAUGCUAGUUCUUUCUGGAGUUUUAGCAGGGCUGCCAUAUUUCAAAAAGUGAAAAUCUGGACACAAAAGUUGUUGAGCUGCUUCUCCCCCCACCCCUAAAAUUGUUGAGCUUUUUAAAGUUUUGCCCAAAAUUGUUGAGCUUCUUUUUUUAAAAAAACAAAAAACCAACUUUUGAGCUACUUUUAUUGAAAUUCACCGAAAUCUACACUACCAACAUGGGCUGCCAUACAACCGGGUUUCCCCGGAUAUUUCAGCGAUUUCCACCCAGACACUGUUUACGAGGGCUAUGUCUGGGAAAUUCUGGGUGUAUGGCAUGCCUAGUUUUAGAGAACCUGUUCCUUCCACUUAUUUAUGAAAAUUUGUAUCUACUUAACGUCUAAAGAUACUUCCCCAUUUAUUUGAAUCGUUAAACUGUUGGGUGGCAUUUUUCUUCAAUUCUAUAAAGCACUAGCAUGGGUGUUGCAUAUAAUUUAUAUAAUACAGCUUUUACAGGUGUGUAGAGGGGUAUGCAAAACACUGAAUGGAAAGCUACUUACUCAGAACUCGUGUGUUACCUAGGCACUAAAGGCUUCAUUUCCAUAAGCCAUUUGGUGCACCACUCUAAAGCAGCUGCUUUGUGGUUCCAUUCAGUUCUGUAAAUCUGUCAUGUAGGCUGCCAAGAUUUCCUGAUUAUUAACAUUCUGGCUAUGACUACUGUCUUCCACUGUAAAAACUGAUGACAGCCACACAUGGUGUCCUCUAAUAUAUGAAAUGUAUUAUAGCUCUAGGUUUGUUUUUACUGUCCUCCUUUUUCUUAGUCAAAUAGGAGGCAAAAAAUGGAAUUCAACAUUGUGUAACUCCUAUCCUGUUACUGCAAGCUUGCCAGACGGAACAAACUCCCAUCUCCUCCUUCCACACACUGUUCUGGGGAUUCUCCUUGCCUUCCCAAGCAAAGUGGGGAGGGGGAACCCCACUAGGCUAGCAGGGCUUGUUGCAUUGGCUCCUGGAACCUAUUUAGUUGAAUCCAGCCCAAGUUCUAUUCUUUGUAAGAACUAAAAAGUUGUGGUUUUCUCUUCAGAGGUUACUGCUCCCGACGACUAAGAAGACUCAGAAAAACUCUUAACUUCAAGAUGGGAAAUAGGCACAAGUUCACAGGCAAGAAAGUAACAGAAGAACUGUUAUCUGACAACAGGUACUAGGAUGCUCAAUAGCUGUGCUGAUUUUUUUAUUUUUUAUUUGCCAAAAGGGGCAGGUAAAGUUAUAAGCUUCUGGUUAUAUCUCUCAAUCAGAAACCUCCAGUAGUAAAGGGAAAUGGUGCCGCAUGCUUAUAUCAGUUGCUUUUGACUACAUGUACCUUAGCAGUGCUAUUCCCCCAUUACCAUGGGUGACAUUAUUCAACUGUGUGCUGAAGAUUUGGGGUGCUGGUGAGGAGAGGAGAGAACUGUUCAACUUCAAAACACUGUAUCUUUCGCUCUAUAAGAUGCACUUUCUCCCUCCUAAAAAGUAAGGGGAAAUGUGUGUGCAUCUUAUGGAGCGAAUGUAGGCUGCACCGAUCCCUCUUGCUCUCCUGGCUUCAGGGAUAGCCACGCAAAGCCUCUUGAGCACAGCCGGGGCGCUCCUGCCUCUUCGCUCAAGAGGCUUUGCGUUGCUUUCUUGUUUCUUGUUUUCCUCCUCUAAAAACUAGGUACGUCUCAUAGAGCAAAAAAUACGGUAGGCAGCCCUGCUCAGUAUUAUAAAAAUGUUUUGAAGUGGAUUACUGAUCUUUUCCCCCUUUAAAUGUAGUGACUUGGAGAUCAGUAUCCUGACUACCAGACUUCAAUAUGCAUAUUUGUAUGCUAAUUUCUUUGUGGGUGGGCGGGCAAAAUGCAAUCUUUGUUUCUUUCUACUUUGUUUGGGGAUCGGAUUUGCUGGGUUAACUGUUGGGAUACUUUUAGAUAAAAUGGGAUUUGAGUAUCAAGAUUCCACAAACUUGAAUGAAAAAGUUCACAAGCUAAUUCAGAGCUACCCCCUUUCCUGUGUUGAUCAUUGCUAAUCCAAGGAGCAGCAUAGGGCCUAGUAAGUUCAGUGUGGAUGGCACAGUCCAAAACAGGGACCACAGCCAACCUCAAAACAAUUUGCUCAAGGUACCUGUACCACCUCCAGGUUUUUACACUACAUCCAAAAUUUGCUUUUAUUUAUUUAUUAUUUAUUUAUUUAUUCAUACUAUGUAUAGUCGUACCUUGGAAGUCGAACGGAAUCUGUUCCGAAAGUCCGUUUGACUUCCAAAAUAUUCGAAAACCAAAUCGCGGCCUCUGAUUGACUGUAGGAAGGUCCUGCAGCCAAUCAGAGGCCCCAUUGGAUGUUCAGCUUCCAAAAAAUAGUUUGCAAACCGGAACAGUCACUUCCGGGUUUGCCAUGUUCAGGAACCAAAACAUUCGGGAACUAAACUGUUUGAAAACCAAGGUACGACUUUAUAUGCCUUUUAAGAGAUAAAAUAUAGUAACAAAAAAAUAAAUAAAAACACACAUACCAGUACAAUAAAUUGAAUACAACUUGUAUGAAUAUCAAUAACAUUUGACAACUAAAACAAUUAGACAUCAACAAAGCAGAUUUUUUUAAAAAAUAGGCAGUUUACCUACAAAUUUAAGUUAUGCAAAAGGAGAAUGGUCUUCAGGAUGUGUGAUCAAGGCUUUAAAGGUGAUGGGGUAGAUAAAUCUGUCCUAACCACAGCAGAACUUGUUCCAUGGGUCUUUAUUGCACAAGUAAAAUAAAGAAAUUUGUUUGGAAUAGGUUUUUAAGCUGUCUUGUCUUUUCUUAUACUAGAUACUUGCUCUUGAUUCUGAUGGAUGCUGAGAGAGCCUGGAGUUAUGCUAUGCAGCUUAAGCAGGAAGCCAACACAGAACCUCGCAAACGAUUCCACUUGUUAUCUCGCCUGCGCAAAGCAGUAAAACAUGCUGAGGAGCUGGAGCGCCUGUGUGAAAGCAACCGCGUGGAUGCCAAGACCAAGCUGGAAGCUCAGGUUACUGCUAACUUUCAAAACCCUUUUAUAGCAUAGAAGAUAUAAACUGACAUUUUGUUUCUUGUUGGAUAAAUGAAUCUGUAUUGUAAAUAAUGUUAAAACUUCCUGUGGAGAUUAGGUUAGGAAUGUCCAGUAUAUUUGUAGCGACUUUUUAAGCCCAAGUUAAAUAACAUAGUUUCAUUGAAUCAGAAUAGUGGUCUGUGAAGUUUGAGGCAGAUCAUUAAUCUGAAAGCUAGUACAGAAAAUGGGGAAAUAAAGCAGAUAGCACCUAAUCCUAGACAGGAGUCUGGUUGGGUUCAGCCCAUAGAAUGUUUCCAGCUGGCCGAUAUGUAUGCUGUUUAGCCAGUGCUUCCUCCUGUAGUCUACCUGGGACUGAAGGACUAUAGUAUGCCAUAGCAGAUGCACCAAAAAAGUCAGGAGAUGCAAAUGCUUGUUUGAAAUAGCAGGCUCUGUUAUUUACAUAUAUAAGGACAUGUGAUGGAAGGUUGACGAGUGAUAUAUUUGAGGAUGGUGAGUGGAAUCCAAUAUAGUGCUAAGUUAAUGCUUUGUCAGUGCAAGAAUUUUGGCUUGUGCAAAGGAACACCCUUCCCUGCACCCUGUUCCAUGCAACCUCUAAAUCUGUUCUAAGGGUUUCCCCAACUCUCUGGAGCGGAUUUGGGGAGCGUGCAGGCCAUGCACAGCAAAAAUAGAGAGGGAAAUUGUCAUGCAACUUGAAAUAAUUGUGCUGAUGAGAUGCAGUAGUUGAACACCGCUCGGUUUUUGGAAAUAUCAGGCUGUAGCAUAUCAAUUUAUGGAAGUUCAAAUCUGACAUUUCGCACCUUCUGUCCAGAAGUUUGAAUCUUCAUCCUGUCUUAUAGGAAGCAUAGAUAAUUGUCCUGUCAUUCACUUUCAACUUUUGGCUGAGAAACAGGAAGGAGGUAUCAGCCUGUUUGGAAGAACUCUAUAAAGUUUGGAAAAAUAAAUAACAAUUAUUAUCUCUGCCCCUAAAAAAGAAAUCCCCUACUCCGGUGAGGAUUAUUACUAUUAUUCUAUAGUCACAGGAUGUUAAGUGUCAGUUGGAACAGAAAACCAGGGGAUACUCUGCUUGAACUCCUUGCAGCUUAUAUUGGAGGAGGGUAAGGCUGGCUGGCUGGAAACCUGAACAGGAACACUCCUGCUAGGAGGUUAAGGUGCACUGUAACAUUUUGUGGUAUAUAUUCUGAUGUAGCAACCAUUACCUAAUAUUUCCAGUGGAACUCCCAUAUAUAAAAUGAGCCUUUUCUGGGAACGGUCAGACAGUAGCAGAGAUAAGGACUUGGGUCUCUUUGUUUCACCUGUGGUAUUCUCCCCAGGUCACAUCUCGCACCAGCCCUGCUUUCUUCUUUAAUAAACACUGAAAGUCCUUGAACUCUAAUAAAUGCUGCUUCCUUUUUUGGUGUGAAGGAUAGGGAGGUAGGGGUGUGUGUGUGUGUGUGUGUGUGUGUGUGUGUAAACUAGCCUAUUGCAUAAAGGUAAAAUUCACAUUUGCAGUUCUUCUCACUUUUGCCUCUGGUGCUGCUAACUCCUGGCAUACUACCCCUGGAAGGUUGCCCAGAAAUGAAUGCAGCCCACUUGUUAAACUAAGCCCCCGCAGGGCUAUAACCUACAGGGGAUGGGACUUCCAUUUUUACAAAUCCUGGGAUUCCUUGAUUGAGGCAGAACCAAGAAGAGUGAGGUGGGAGUUUGGGGCCAGCUUAUGUAUUCAGUGAAUAGGAAACUAACUGACUGCAGAGCACAGAAAAAAAGAAAGAAUAAAAAAUUGCUGUGCUGAGAAAAGGUAAAAUUCAACUUAGUCUAGCACUGUGUCUAAAAAUACCUGAAACUUACAAGUGAAACAUCCUAGAUACAAGUUUUUUAUUCAUUCUCAGCAUCUGGUAAUCGGGCUUCCUCUAUGUACAUUCCAUUUUGAGCUGCCUGAGCUAAUAGCAAUGAUUAACACAUCCUUUAGGAAUUUGUUCCAAAAAUAUUAUCUAUGCUAGAAUCCUUCUAUAUGCUGAUUUGUGACUUAUCACACCUAGGCAGCUAUUUGACUCUGGCAGUUUAAUGGUUUACUUAUUAUAGUGCACACGUUCUUUCAUUUACUUGAACACCCUCUGUGUGGUGGAGUAGCAUGACUACUUGCGCAACAACUGGACAGUAAGUACCACAAGUCUUAGUAACGUGUCAUUCAAAACAGCAUCACAUAAAUCCUAAAGCUAGGUUUCUGAAAACAUGAAUUCGAAACAUGAAUGUAUAACUUGUACAAUGUAUGUAGUGAUGUAAAUGUUAGGGCUGAAUGCCAGGUUUACUGUAUGAAUCUUGUUGUGGUAUUUGAGGUAAUAUAGGCAACCGGGGGAAAGAAUAGUGUUCAGGCAAGUUGCCGGUCUCUGCUGGCUGUAUUCUUGCUGGCUGUAGACUAAGACUGUGCUAUUGCACCGACUAAUAGGCACCCCUCCUUGAUUUACAGGCAUAUACAGCAUACCUCACAGGUAUGCUCCGCUUUGAGCGUCAGGAAUGGAAAGCAGCAAUGGAGGCAUUCAACAAAUGCAAGUGAGUUUGCCCAUCCUUCCUAUUGCUUUGUUAACAUGAAUCUGUUAAACUAAUCCUAUCACAUGUUGAUGAGUUUUUCCACGCAAAUUCUCCUCUGUGUUCCAAUAUAAACCCCCCUUCCCCAUCAGUUCUGGACCCAGAGUAGUUGUCCUACUGAGCAGCAUGAUAAUAAAGUUAAAAGGCCUUUGUAAGAACAGAUCAGUACUGUAAUAGUAAUUUAUUUUAAAGAGAAAGGACUUUCAUUGUUGUAAAAUUGAAACUAUUAAGUUUUUAUCUUUCUGCUGCAGAACCAUAUAUGAAAAGCUGGCUAGUGCUUUCACAGAUGAGCAGGCUAUACUAUAUAAUCAGCGAGUGGAGGAGAUCUCCCCAAAUAUUCGUUAUUGUGCUUAUAAUAUUGGUAAGUAAACCAAGAAGAAAAAUAUUUUAAAAGACUACUAGUACUGUUUACAUUUGCUCGCCUGCCAAAAGAGAUCGAAGGGGUAAUACAUACUUGAGCAUAUGCUUGGUGCACCGUUUAAAGUCCAGACUGUCCCUCAGCUUGAUGUUUUGGUAAUUUCUGCUUUCAUUUAGAAUAGUUCUGCCUGUCAUAAUUGCAAAAAAGAGCUUGAAAAUGUGCUGGAGAACACAGAAAGCUGAGAAAACAAGAAUCAAAAUUGGGCUUUAAUGGUUAUGAGUUGGAUCUAGGUGCUUGCUUCCCCCCGCCCUUCACUUCUAUGCAGUAAUUAAUAUCCCAAUUUUUCCAUUACUUUCUUUGAUCUUGGGGCAGAAAAUACUUGACAAAAACCUGGUCAUUUAAAAUAAAGUCCAGAGUACAUAUGUCUUGCAGUUUUUUCCUGAAGAAACUGCUAAAGCUGCAAUCUUCACGUGAGGAGGAUCUUACCCUUCUCUUUCCAGUAUUUUUUCCCCUGCUGAAAAUUACCACCCCAUGUGCUUUCUCCUCACAGAAACAGCAGUACAUUUUCCUUUAUAGAUCAAAAAUUGGUAGCUUUUAAUGUGAAAGGUUUGAGAAAUCCCCCCCCCCCCCGUGUUCUGUCUUCUACCGCAGAUGAAACUACUUGCAACUGAAUAAUAUGUAACUUUCCUUUGAGAACGAAGGUUUGUAAAUUUGGGGGUCCUUGUGCAUAGUCAGCAUCUCAUUUUAGCAUGGGCUGAAAAUAUUAUUAUGAGAAUUAUUUAUUAUUAUUUAUUGAAUUUAUAUACUGCCCUAUACCCGAAGGUCUCAGGGCGGUUCACAGAAACGAUCAACAUGAAAACCACAAUAUAUACAAUCAAAAUAAAACAACCCAAUAACCCCAAAUAGCCAGUAACUACAGAGUUGCCUUUCUCAGCCCACUGUUGCAAAUUGGCGUUUAUCAUUACAGCAUAUCUGUUUUGUUCAUACAUAUUCAGGACACAAAUGCACCUUGUCUCCCAGUGUUCUUUACAUUUACUACUUUCAAUCCCGAGGCUUGGAAUUGUUUUCUCACGAUGUAACAAGAUGUGCUAGAUCACAUAUUGUGCACUGCUAUUUGUUUCUUAGGUGACCAGUCUGCUAUUAGUGAGCUAAUGCAAAUGAGACUGAGAUCUGGAGGCACUGAGGGGCUUCUUGCUGAAAAACUUGAGGUAAUCUGUUCUCUUUUUUUAAAAGAGCCUUUCUUGCAGAAGUUGGCAUAAGCCUGAGCUUAGACCAAUAGUGUCAAACUUGGAUGGGCUGUAGAGAAGACUUGCCAUCUAGUGUGUUGCAGACAUGGAAAGCUAUUUUUUCUGUUAAAAUGAAUAACAUAUGCAGAUGCCUAGCUGUGUCCUGGAAGACUUGGAACGUUCCUCUCCUCCUCCUCCUCCCACUAGCCAUCUAGCAAAGCAGAUAUAUGUGUACGCAUCCCAGAUGCAUAUGAUGACUGAAGGUGGUUUAGUCAUUUGUGCUGAGUGUAGUAAAAGUGCAACGGAAAACACUGGGAUCCUCUAAGAGAUCAGAACUCCCUGACUUUAUGAUGGACAGCCCAGAUCUAGAUAAUUUUAUGAAGGCAAGGAUUUUCUGACUAAGCAUAAUAAACAGAAGAGUCCUUAGUGGCUUUAGGAGCAUUUUUAAAAAUACUUUAAAUAUUUUGAUUUCUGAUAUUUUGAUUUCUUGCCUUUAGGGGAUAGGACAGACUGCUUAUUUUUAAAAAAAUGAAUGUGUUACCAGAUUAAUUUUUUUACAACUUAAACGGGCAGAUUUUAUGCCUGUCGUCAUGGCUGUUGCACAGAUCUAAGUGAAAUAUUGUGGGGAAUACAACCUUCUAUUUGCAUUUCUAAAUAGUAGCUUUUCUGUUUUGCAGUCAUUAAUCACCCAAACCCGAGCAAAGCAGGCAGCCACUAUGAGUGAGGUAGAAUGGAGGGGAAGAACAGUGCCAGUGAAGAUAGACAAAGUGAGGAUCUUCCUGCUGGGGAUGGCUGAUACUGAAGCAGCUAUUGCUCAGGUAAGUAUAAACUCCCUGCAAUCUGUCACUGUGAUUUUUACUGUAGUCAAAGUCCUGUAUUCUUGUGUGUAAUUAGAUAGCUGUACAUCAUCGACUUGUGUUGGGGGCGGAGCAGAUUUACGCCCAGAAAAGUUGUGUAAUAGAGCUGUGUGAUCAGCAGGUGGUGUAGCUGACGAUUUUCCAGUGUCUUGGCUGAACCUUGGCCAAAAAGAAUGUAGGAGGAUAUAAGUGAUGUGUAUUUUCUGACCUAUAAUUGUCAUGAUCAGGCAUGUCGCCAAGUCAGUGAGUACACGUAGAUUGGCUUCCAGAAUUAUCACAUGUUGACAUGCAGACACUUGCAAGUACAUAGCGCUCCCCAAAUUUUGUCUUGGCUUACUCGUCAAACUCAUUUAUUGAGUUCACCAGCCCCUCCUGUCCCCAAACCUUAUUUGUGCAGAUAACUCGAGAAGUGUUAGGCUUUUGCAGAAGGCGCAAGUAGCACCUUGCCGUUGCUGCAUCUUGCCGAAGCCCAGUAGGAAGGGAAAGUAAAUGUUUUCCCUCUGCAUAGAAUAGGGGUGGAGAAGAAAGAAGAGGUGGCUUCUGUUAUGCAAAUUUUGCAAAAGUACAAGCCAUGGAUCGCUGUCUCUACUCCCCCUGUUCUUGUAGAACAGGGAUGUCCAACCAGUAGAUCGCCAUCUACUGGUAGACCCCUGGCUGAUCCUGGUAGAUCGCAGCAACCUUAUCGUGUACAGUGGUACCUUGGGUUAAGUACUUAAUUUGUUCCGGAGGUCCAUUCUUAACCUGAAACUGUUCUUAACCUGAAGCACCACUUUAGUUAAUGGGGCCUCACACUGCCACCACGCCGCCGGAGCAUUAUUUCUGUUCUCAUCCUGAAGCAAAGUACUUAACCUGAGGUACUCUUUCUGGGUUAGCGGAGUCUGUAACCUGAAGCGUAUGUAACCUGAAGCAUAUGUAACCCGAGGUACCACUGUACAAAAAUUUACAGGGAAAAAGCUUCAAAACUAACUCUGUGCAAUCCUACCCCAAAAAAGCUCAACCAUUCUGGGCACUCCCCUCCUAAAAAAAGCUCAACAAUUCUGGGCAAUCCACCCACCACACGCCCGCUCCUCCUCCCUCCAAUGACAAGGGAUAGAUCACUGCCACUGCCAGUUUGUUUUUUUUAUACUGGGGGUAGAUCGCAGUCUCUUGGGAGUUGGACAUGCCUGUUGUAGAAUAACAAAGGGAGUGUUUACCUUCCUGUUAGGAUAUGCAGGGCUGCUGCUGUCUUCUGCAAAAGUCUUAACAUGCAAAACUGUUUCUUUUCCUUCAUGGAGGAAUGAGCCAGUAGCAAAUUGUUGCUGCCAGUUGCAGAAGCUGAACGGGAAGGGAAAGAUACCACAUUUUUUCUCUAUGGGAGAAGAAAUAAGGAGGGCUUUCCCCUCCCCCUUUCCAGCUGGGUUUUUGUACGAAGCUGCUGCAGGGCAACUUUCAGGAGAAAAAGUGUAUUUCCAUUUUCUUCCCUGAAGGUACUUCUAGCUUCCCACCAGCAAAGGUUCAUUGAUGCAUGUCAAAUGGAGAAACAGCACUUGUUACUUGUCAUGAAGUAAGCAGAUUUAUGGAAUCCUCGUUGAGUGGAUCAUACAUGAGUCUUAUUUAGAGGCGAUCCUAUGAGCCAAAGCCUGGUUAAAUAUCCAGUUCUGACAAUUGUUUUUGUACAAGUUACAAGGGAAUCUCUACAUGGAUACACCCACAACAAUAUAUACAAGUGUUGUUAGGCAGAUGCUGAACAUUAUGAAGAAAAUGCUUUCAAGGUCUCAACUGUCAGAGAAGUAAAACUGUAACCAUGCUUCUGAAUCAAGUAUUUACUUAUUCAAGCUAUUAAUCCAGUUCAAGUCUAUUUUGCCUUCACUUCUGCUCUUUAAGAACCUUUGCUGAUACAUCCAUUUCUUGAAGGAGCUUGUUAUCAGUUGCAGUGCACCCAGUGCUUGUCCAUAGUUAUGUUUAACAUGAGUGAACAAUACACUAACUUCAGCCUUCUCCCCAUUCCAUGAAGCUCUGUUCUCUGUCUGCUGGGCGUUUUAUUACUUCAUCAUUAUUCUAGUUGGUUUCCCCUUUGCAUGUCUGAAGUUGAAAUACUCUCAUGGGUGUUGCUAAGAAUGCUGUCAGACUUGUCUAGCUUGUCUCUGUGGUGGUUCAGAGUAACCAAUGUCCCUCCUUAAUAUUUAGAAACCUUCUUUAUAUAUACCUGAAGAAUAAGCAGCAUAUUUUUGAAGUUUAUUAAUCCAGUUAACAUUAGUUGGAUGAGCAAUUAAAGCUACUAUGCCCAAACCUAUCCCAAAACUGCUAGGGAGGUUUUCUGAAGGGCUGUUCAGGCUAAUGAAACUAGAGAGUAAUUGGCUUCUGGAGUGCAGCCCUAAUCCUGCAAUGCGCAAGCCAUGGCUCUCAAACAUGCUGAUCUAAUCAAAUCAGGCCAUAUACCAAGGAAGUGGAACUUUUAGCCUUCCAGAAGCUUAAUCUAGGAAAGGCUGAUACUUAGUGAGUGGUUCCUGGAUGGGUGGGGUUCAAGCUGUUUUGGGUGGAGUCUCACACCACAAAGGAACAGGUAUGCAGCUUGUGGGGUCCUUCUAGAUUCCAUUACUUCCUCUGGAGGUCUUGAUAUUUUAUGAUAUGGCACUAUAUAAAUAGUAAUCUUCAUGGUGUGGAGUGCCCUUCAUCACCUGCAGCUGAUGAUCCAGCUGCAUCUCUGUCUGGAUGGGGACAGCCGAGGUUCUGUUUCUCUGGUCUGGUAGUCUAUUGUAGAUUACUACAGUGCAUUAUACAUGGGGUUGCCUUUGAAGAUUGUGGUCUGGAACUAGACAAUCUAAACAUAUAACAAUGAUCCUGGUGGGCUCUUGGUUUUUCUUGCUCAGUUCAUACGGUACAGCACUGAUGAAACAGUUACAAACAGUUUUUAUGAGAAACUACUAUAGAAGGCCUUUUUUUCAGUGAUUUGAACAUAGUCACGCUACUUUCCCUAGUGCAUCUCAGGAAAUGUUAGCCACAGGGCCAAGUUUCUACAGUUUGUUCCGCCAGCAGUGUAACAUUCUGUAAAGUUUCACAUGAUGUUGCAUUUCUGAGUUGUUAGAAUUCUUAGUGUGAGCUUUUACCUCCUUUAAGAUUUCAGAAAAAGUAACAUAGGCCUAAUGGAUUUUCAGUGUUUCUCUGGUGCUUCUUUGUUUAGGCAGAAGAAGAAGAAACUAAAGAGCGGCUGUUUGAAUCCUUGCUGAGUGAGUGUCGAGAUGCAAUUCAAGCUGUUCGUGAAGAACUGAAACCAGAUCAGGUGAGGAUAAAGUAUUGUCCUUGUGCAUCACCUUUUAACUGAGGGCUUGAAGAAAACAUCUUGUGACAGACCCUGUAGGGUUCUUUAUGAAAUGUAAUAUAUUGUAGUACAGUAUCUCUCAGGCUUUGAGUUUUUGUUUUAUCUCUUGUGUGCUCCCCAAAUAAAUACAAUAUAGCUUUGUUCUGCUCCCAACAGAAGCAGCGGGAACACUCUUCAGAAGUGGAUUCUGGAAAGGUUACUAAUAUCCAGUACCUGCACAGGUGGGAGUCCUAGAUAUUAAUUUAGGGUUGUAUCCUAUGAAGUCAUCCCAUUUGCACAUUGGAAUUCCCCACCCCUUCUCUUGCCAAGCACCCACCAAAUCUGUUCUGUAAGUUUGGAGAGACCCCAUAACAGAUUUGAGGGAGCACAUAGAAUGAGAAGAGGGAAGGGGAAGCUAUGUUGCAUGAGAAGUGCUUGUGUGGGACAUACAACUCGCUUGGGGAAAACCCUCAAUAUUUAUUUAAUAGAUCUUAAACUCUUAAUGGCUUGUGACUGUGGAUCAUUCAAAUCCAGCAAUAUAAUAAACGUUUUAAAUAUUCCAACAUGGCUAAUAAGGGUUUGUAAACCAGCCAAAGUUAAACAUAUUCCAAACUCUGUUCUACUUGUUUGUUUUGUUGCAAAUAUAUCAACGAGAAAAACUUUAAGGUGGUCAGACUAGAGUUCUUCAAUAAACUUUUUAGGAAGGUUUGACAGUCAUCUUGUUCACUUGCCCAUUUUGCCUGUUAAGCGUUUAUGGUAUGUCCAGGUGUUUUUGAAAUGGCUUUAACAAAACUCCUUUAAUCAUGCUUUCUAGUUAUCUGACAUACAUCAAGCUGUCCACAGCCAUCAAGCGCAAUGAGAGUAUGGCAAAGGCACUGCAGAAGGCGCUGCUUCAGCAGCAGCAGCCCGAGGAAGAUGGCAAGCGUACACCUCGGCCUCAGGAUUUGAUACGCCUUUAUGACAUCAUCUUACAGGUAAUAGCAAUGGAGCGGGAGGAGGUCUUCUGGUUCCAUAUUUCUUAAUCCUUUCCUAAGUUUGCAAAUCAGGAUCAGAAAGCACAAGUGCUAUAAAGCUGCAGGAGAUCCUAAUGCAUUAUUUGGCAACCAGAGAUCACAAUCCUCUGCUGAAAAUUCUGUAUAGCCUGUAGUAGUGCUUAAAUUCUAGAGCCUCAUGGUCUCAAAAUGAGUCUGUUCUCCUGCCUGUUCAUUCCUGCAAGUACAUCUUUGCUGUGUUCAUUGUCCCUAGAGGACUCCACCUCAAGCAGACAGUCCCAGCUGGUCAGCAUUCCAAAUAUUUAUAGUCUUUCCUGUAUUUUGAGAUGCAAGUCUUUGGGGAAAAUGUGGCUUCAUUGUAGGGAGACUAAAUUUGACGCAUUUGUCACUUUCCUAUAUGAGCAUUUACUACAGCUAGCACAUAGAUAAUUCUGAUAAUUGCAGGUUAUUCUUAAAGGGAGCAUGUGGAAAGGGUUUAAGAAAAUUCUAGUGUUUAAAAGAGUGAUGCUGUAGCUUCUUUAUUCAGUUAUUUCAUAUGUUUGUGUUUCUUACUGAAGAAACAACCAACCAUCCUGUGAAAACUACUGGUUUGGUUUACACAUCACUCUAAGCCAAAGUGUGACUUGGCACAAGUGUUGGGGGCUCCUGGGAAGAAGAGGGUGGUGACUUUGCUUCUCCCCAGUUGUUUUGCUCCUGUUUAACCAUGCUGAGCUAGUUUAGCUUAACACGUUGUCCAACCCCACCCUUGUAGUUUGGCUCUCUCCAGACUAGCCAUGAGCCAUAAACGAAGAGCGAACCUCGAUUAUGCUUCAUGGUUAGUCUGGAGACAACUAAAUUGUGAGCUCACAUUUGGAUGACACAUUAAGCCAAACUGUGGCUUACUUCAAUACAGUUCAGCAGCGAAACAACCAGACAGCUGUGCAUUCACACCAAGCCAUACUUAAUUAGUUUUAGUGAAAGAUUAUCAUUACUUUAUUUUAACAAGAUUUAUAUACCAUUUGAUUUUAAAAACAACAAUCUGUUUUACAAAAAAGAUACCUUCAUUUGGAAACCACUAGUUGCAUUUCUGAUUUAUGAAAUACUAUUUAUAUUCAAGAACUGUUUCUCUCCCCUCCCCCCCUUCUGUUAAUUCUCUUCAUCAUUGAAGAAUCUGGCAGAGUUGCCACAACUUCCUGGUCUGGAAGAAGAUAAAGGCUACCUAAAGGAAAUUGGGAUAAAGACACUGGUGUAUAAAGCUUACAGGUAAUUCUCAAGCAAACAAGGUUACUUGAUCAGUUUACCUGUAGCUAAAGAACAGCUAAUAUUUUAAUACAGAGGCAUGGAUUCCAAGAACCAAGAAGAGAAGGAGAAAGUAUAAGUGGUGUUCUGUGAGCUCUUGUGUAAGCUGUACCAGAAGAUUUCUUGCAGUGCCACUCCACAGUGUGUUGGUGAUUUCAUUGCAGUAAACAGGGAAAAUACAAACUUAUAACAUAUAAAUGUUUGAGGCCCAGAGGAAGUUCUUGCACAGAAACUUAAACAAAUAGUUAUUAUUUCAACACCGAUUGAAUUUGAAGUCACUUUCCUCAGGCAACAUUCUUCUGCGAAUUCAGAAGCAACCCUUUUGUGACUAACAGAAAACCAAUUAUACUGAGAACUGAGUUGAUUGAUAACAAGAAGCAGACAAGAAAUUGCUCAGCAGAGUGGGCUUCUUUUAAAUUGCUUUUAAAUUGUUUUUUAUAUCCUUUUUUCUUGUUUGAACUGUUUUUAACAUGAAUAUGAAUGCACCCAAUGUUGUCUUCCUAUCCCACUAGGUGUUUUUUCAUUGCACAGUCAUACGUUCUAGUGAAGAAGUGGAGUGAAGCCCUUGUUUUGUAUGAUCGAGUUCUGAAAUAUGCCAACGAAGUCCAGGCCCAAGCUGGAACUUAUAAGAACAGCUUAAAGGUAUGAAACUCUCCAUUCAGCAUGCAGCAACUUUGUCAGUGAAAGCUCUUGAAAGACCACGUGCAAUUAGCUAGAGGCCAUGUGUAUACAUAUUUAACUGGCUCUUUAACUGCUGAGCAGUAAUAGAAUGUUUAGCUUUUGUAAAUUCUUUCUCUGUAGACCUUAAGAUAAAGUGCGCAAAUGCAGCUGUGACUUCCAGAGACUUUCCUCUUCUUGCAGAAAAUAUACUGAAUAUAUGUAUCUCAAUGGUGCUGCCGGAUGCAGGCUGUGGGGUUGUAAUGGCUACUGUGGAUUGUAUUUGUAUAUGCACAGUAAAUGCUUUGCUUCCUCAUCUGUUGUGAUUGAAGCUGCUCUGGGUGAUCUUCUGUCUCCGAGGAGUUUUUGAACAGCGGUUGAAACUUGCUAAUGGCAUAAAACUUUUAAUACCUGGAAGUUGUUUUACAUAAUUGACCUGAUUGUUUAGGAGCUGCCUGAUGUCCAAGAGCUGAUCACUCAAGUGAAUGCAGAAAAAUACUCCUUGCAAGCAGCUGCCAUAUUAGGUGAGUGGGUUCCAUUUCUUCUGUAUAGAUUGCUUCUCCCCUUUCAGCAUUGUGAAAUUGUAGCCUUUUCUCUGCUCCAGAAAAAUUCUGGUUCAUGCUGUGGACACCUCUUGCCUACAUAUAUCUAGAACUCUUAUCACCAAAACCAUUCCCCUCUGGUACCUUUUCUGAAACCUCCACUGGCUUUCUGAUGCAGCACAAAUUCCUCAUCCUCACUUUCAAAGCAUCAGACCUUUCUGUGACUUGUUCAGCACAACUCACAGUUCUCAGUCACUACUGAAAAGAAGCCGGUGUAACUCAAGUGAACAUGCAGUCGUUCCUUCCUUCUGUCCCCCACUCACCUGGGUCAAAUUUCAGACUGCAGUAUUGAUGGCACUAUUACACAUAAAUAAAUAAAACAGGACAACUACGUAUAAAUCUCAAAUUGCAACAGAGAAUAGGAACAUGUUCUUAAAGCUGUGACAAUAGAUGCUUGUAUACUAUUGAUGUGUUUUAUAGGUAGUUGCAUUGCUAGGAGCUGCAUUUUCCUAAAAUAUUCUUGUGGCACCUUUCAGAUGCAGGUGACAACCAUGAGACUGAAUCACCAUCCCAGGUCAAGGAUGGCAAGGUAAGACAGCUUUUGUAGCUAGUGAGAUGGAAAAUAGAUUAUUUCAGCAUAAUCAGCAAAUGUACCACAUGUUGCAGUUUGCACAAGCAUGCUUUUAGUUACACAAAUUGGACAGAUUCUUACAAGUACAUUUAAUUGCAGAUUUCUGCUGCUCAUAGACUAGGACUUCCCCUUCCUCCCUUCUGCAGCUCCCACACACCCCAGAUCUGCCCCAGGUCCCCCAACCUCCCAGGGCAGACUGGUGGUUUUUUUAGCCCGGGGUGCGAGGAACAGUGAAAGAGGAAGUCCCAUUGGGCAAGCGGAAGUCCAUUCCUCAUCCAUAAACAGCUUUGAAUUUCGUGUCAUUGGACCAUGAGGAAUAAAAAUACUUUUCAGCUCAGUUUUGUAGAAUCACCCAGGCAUUACACCUGAACUCUAUUUAACAUGAUAAUGAGGACCUUCAUCCAGAUCUGGGAGGAAAUCUGACAGCUCAGAAGCUGUUUAGAGAGAAGAAAAAUGAGCGUAGAACAGGUCUUAACGCUUAACCAAGUUUGUGCAACUCUACAGUUGACUCAUUAUUGAGAAGCUGUCAGCUUUCUGUAAGUAUGCAUACACACACCCUCUCUAGCAGAGUUUAAAAUACUUCCUCUUCAGGCUUAGAAGAGAAACUGUCCCGUGGACUGGUUUAAAAGAAGGUUCUGAGGUUUCCAUGGCAGUACAUCUGAAAUAUCCAUUCUUACUGUACCUGCCUCACUGGCUUGGACAUGUUACCCACAAAGUCAGAAUUGAUGGGGAAGGAGAUAAUAGGUUCCUGCCUGGCCAUUAGGCUAGACUUCACUUGGUAGCUAAUGUUGUUUCAACUAAUCUUAUCUGAGAUUUUUGUUUCCUUCGAUAUCAAGCCACUUUCUGAACGGUUUGAGACUUUCUGCCUGGAUCCUUCUCUUGUCAGCAAGCAAGCCAGUCUGGUGCAUUUCCCGCCAGAAUUCCAACCGAUACCAUGCAAGCCUUUGUUCUUUGACCUGGCUCUCAACCAUGUUACUUUACCACCCCUGGAGGACAAAGUGGAGCAGAAAGCAAAGAGUGGUCUCACAGGAUAUAUCAAGGGCAUCUUUGGAUUCCGGAGUUAACCGGGGCCAUUCUCAAGAAGAGCGCUUUUCUUCCUGUAUUUUGGGAUGGCUCCAGCAGGUUCAGACCUUAACUACUUAUGUCUAAAAUCUGUAUGGGAGGUCUUUAAUAACUUCCCACUAUUCUCUUUGUUUGCACACCUGUUUUAUUAGAAACUUUCCACCCUGAGAACAUGCAUAAUGUGGUCUGUCUCCCAACAUUUGAAACUGAAGGAAAGAGCUGGAGUCUCAAAUCACAUUUAUCAAUCAGUUCAGGCAGGAAUAAUGCCCACUUUGUGUGGGCUAGGCAUAUCAUCAUUUUGUUUUACAGCUGAUAUGGUACUUUUAAUUUUCAAAAAGCUAACCCAGCCCUCUGGACAAUACAGAACAGAGGGGAACCAAAGGCACAUAUAUGUCUUCAGAUUUGGACUGUCUAAGCAGAGUAUGCAAAAACCCACAGCUGGCUAGAUAUCUGUACUGCCUGCCAUUUCUGACUUUUGCUUACAGCCAUGUGAAGUUUUGUUUUGUUUUUAACAAAAAUCAGGAGCUUCAGAUUUACAAAAGUCUUGGAUUAAAGAUAUAUGAUGGUUAAAAUCUAUAAAGUAAAAAUGAGAUUGUUUAAGAAUACACUUUAAAGCAUAUUGUAUAGUCUUUCCACAUUGAGGCACCACUUCUCAGAACAGAGGAAUAUGUUUCUCAGAGGGUCUUUCUUAAAACCUAAAGUCUUUUGGCUUCAGAAAGAACAAGCUACUAUCAUUUUAUAUCUUGAAAGACUCCUGACAUUUCUUCAGUUUCCCUCUUCAACUUAGCUGAAAGUGGUAAAUUGGGAGGGUGUUUUUGUUGCUUAUUCUGUCUUUUACCUCCUUUCUGACAUUAUAUUUGGUUGUUUUAGGGAUUCCACUAGUGAAGAAUCAAGUGGAGCCAAUGAAAUCUUAAGCAAUAAAGAUCUCUAGCCAUGUGUUCAUGGUGCAUUUUUUUGUGAGAGCAUUUAUCUGUGCUGUGGGAAUCCAAGUAUCUUUAUGUCAAUAUCAUUCCCCCCCCCCCAAAAAAAAAUAUGCAUAGGCACAAUUAUUCUAAACAUUUGUGAGCCUGAAUUGUAUAUUUGACUUUUUUGCGAGCUAUAUUACUGGUCUUAGGUAGUCUGAAAUAUUAGUUGGAGAUGAGAGUCCUUAGCCAUAUUUUCGUGUUUAUAUUUUGUCAUACUGUGCUCCAGUUUAGCUCUGUUUCUUCUUGGCAUUGUUGGAAACAGUUUUGAAACUGGAUUGUUCAGUUAUAGAAAUAUUAAACAAAAACUGCUUUUCAGCCGCUCAGUUAGCAAGCUGCAGAGAAUUAAAAUUUUCAGAUUAAAAAUAAAUUGGGUUUAAUUAUACCAAAGUUAUUGGAUGUAUGUACCAUAUGAAAAGAGUGCCCCACCUGUUUUAAAGAAAUGGUCUUUCUGAUCUGUCUAUGGGAAGGGGGUUUUAUAGGGGGGGAAACCUAUUGCAAAAGAAAAAGGAAGUAAUAUUUUUUAAUUUUAUCAAGAGAUGAAAUUUCACAUGGAGAUGCAGUAGUAAGCCAAUGAUUUGUUAGUUCUGUUGAAGGUUAAAUGGAAAUGAGAUCCUUUGUCAAGUGACUGGGUCCAAUCUCCUUUCUGGGGAUGUGCCUAUCAGUGUUUCGUUGAUUGUACUUUGCUUCAAGCUCUGCUGUCGUCCUCUUUUCAGAUCUGAAUUAAAUCUGAGAACUCUGCUCCUCUUACAGAUGUAGCCAAACUUUCUUUUUGUUUGCAUUCUACCCCACACCUGUGGGCAACUGGACACAUGCCACUCCCUCUGCUUUUGUCCUUGUUUGCUGUCACAAAUGGCGACUACUUCCUUUGUGAAACAUCCUAUGGAACAAAGCAUGUUGGUCAGACAGAAGUGAAAUCCUGAAACAAUAAAGGACUUAUUCCUGCUUUCUAAAAGUGUAGUUGUAUACUAUUGAAAUCAGUGCUGAGCUUCCACUUUGCUGCUUCCUUACUUGAAAGUUGAAAAAUUGCCUUUGCAAUUGUUGGAGCUAAAUUUCUAGGGAGAGUAAAAGCAAUAUUUCAAACUGUUGCUGCAGUUUAAAAAAAAAAAAUGCUUCCUGCCACACACACAUGUACCCACUACAGUGGACCCUCCAGAUAUGAAUUAAAUUCAUUCAGGGGGUCUGUACUUAACCCGAAAAGUCCAUAACUGGACACUUCCAGGUUUGCCGCGUUCGCAACCCGAACAUUACGUAUCCAGAGCAGUACGUAACUUGAGGGUCCACUGUACUACUAUCUUGAGCCAGCUGAAAUGGUUCAGACGAACUAUGGGAUGAUUGAGUUGGAACCACUGUGCUUCGGCUGCUCACAUGUCUGUUGAAGGCUUCCCCUUCAACUGUUGUUUAGCAAUGUGUUAGGGCCUGUAUCCAGGUGUAGCUACCACCAAAGCAGCUGCUGUUCAUAAUGGGCACCAGCAUAUGGGCCACAACCCUUGGAUUGGGUCAGGUGUCUGUUAAAGAGCAGCAGGGAGCCUCACUGCAGUGUUUCAGGGCAGUUUGUGCAUCACAAAUAGAUUUCAUUUAAUGAUUAAUGGUGUGUUACCCUCUGAAUUUGUAAAUUGUAAGAGGAAUACUGUGAAGCACUACAAAAUCAUCAAAAGAGAACACAGAAACGUGGGCUUUUUUAAAGCUAUGUGAAUUAUAAAAACCAGGUAGUUUGCAUCUGAAGUUGUAGCCUUAAAACAGGCAUAAGGCAAACUCGGCCCUCCAGAUGUUUUGGGACUACAACUCCCAUCAUCCCUGACCACUGGUCCUGUUAGCUAGGGAUGAUGGGAGUUGUAGUCCCAAAACAUCUGGAGGGCCGAGUUUGCCUAUGCCUGCCUUAAAAGUUGAGUCAGGAGAGGUUUGUUGGUGAUAGAAUGCUAGAUCCUCAUAGUUGGCUGGUAGUAGUAUAUAGUUGGUAAGCACAUUUGAGUAAUUCUUGAAUAUCUGAGGUGGGGAAAUCUAUAUAGAAUGCUUGUGAACAAAUUAUCAGCAUAGAGGCAAGUGGAGUGGGGAGCUGCCUGAUAACAAUAAACAAUGCAUAUUUCCCAAAAGCAAACAAAAAUUAAUGUCACACUCAAUGAAGAAACAGGAAUGCAGUAUUUGGUGGUGGUAUUUAACAGUAUGAAUCACCAGCUUGUUUCCUUUGGUCCAAAAGAAUAUUGCUUAGUUUCACUAUUAGUCACCUACACUAUAAAUUCCAUCAGAAUUCACAAGUGAUUCUAUAAGAGCCUUGAUUUUCUGUGUAGCUUAUUGCGGUUCAGUGUUGGCUUAGUUGGUCGAGAAAUAGGCGAUGUCUUUCACUUAGUCCAGGGGCGGGCAAUCGCUGCCUGGGGGCCAAGUGCAGCUCCCCAAUUCCCUCUAAGGCCACACCUCUCACUGAUGCUGCCCCACACCCUCAAGCAUUUUUGCACGUUCUUGAACUGUGAUAAUGCAUCUUGCUUGCCUGGGUGAAGAGAUGUGUGCAUAGAAACCUGACUGGCUAUAGCUUACUGUACCAAGAGAAGAGCCACAUCUCUCCUUCUGCCUCCUUUUGCUUCUGGCCCCACCCAAUGCUGGCAUGUGGCCUCCAGAAGGUUGGCAAUGAGUGACGCCCUAGGCUGAUAAAGGUCCCCCCACCCCCCGGCCUUGAUUAUAUCAGGUUGAAAUUUAAACACCUUUGUCUGUUUCUUGUAUUGAUCAGAAAGGUAAACGGGAUGAUUUGGUUGAGCUAGAAAUAUUUGGCUGUUAGUGAUGUCUGUACUAUGUAAUGUCACAGUUUUUAAGUUAAUAGAACAACCUAGGAGUAAAAUGUGUUGACUUAGGGAGAACACUGAGGGAUUCUGGGGUUCUCUGCAUAAGUGCAAGAUAGGAUGCAAUAAGAACGAUACAGAUGCAGAGAAGUAUUGUUGCAAGACUCAGUUGUGAUGAAGAGCAGCUUAGUUCUCUGGAGCCCAGUUUGUUCAUUUAAGAGAUGGGGAAGCUGUGGACCUCCGUAUGCUCUUGGACUCAGGUUUUCAGCAGCCCCAGCCAGCAAAGCCAACAGCCAGGAAGGAUGGGAGUUGUAGUCCAGCAAUAUUUGUAGGGUCACAGAUUCCACACACCUAAGAGCUGGAAGCCUAUUGGACAACACAAGCCUACUAGCUAACAUUUCAUAGGUUGUCGGCCUGUAUAAUGAAGUCAGCAACACCUAGUGAUAAAGAUGUCACAGCUAACUGAGGCAAUGAUAAUGUGUGGAGUAUUGUGUCACAACUUUUGACAAGUUUUUGCUUUAAUUAAGUUAAAAGGUCAGCAAAUAAUCAUUUGAAAUCAGAUUAGGAUAACCAGAGAGCAGAUGCGGACCUCCAGCUCCAGACAAUACCUUGGGGUAGUUAUUAUGGCACACUCUGCCAUCCCAGUCAUUCCAGGGCAUUCAAUUUAAAAUGAGAGAUCUGUUCACUGUUACAAAAGCUGUAAUAGUUGUUUGAACACUGCAGUCAGGAGUUAAAAGAAUGAAUUUAUAUUCUAUGUGUUUUUCUUUUUCUCUUUAAUGUAUCCUAUCUCUUUUAAGAAAGAUUAAAAACUGUAAAUGCUCCAGAUCUGCAUUUUUUAAAAUGUGUUUUGCCAUUGUAUGUGCUCGUGUUCUACCUGGACCAUUAAUUCUGCGCAGACCUGCUACAAACUCAAUUCGCUUAAUUUGUUUAAAACCAAUUGUCAUAACAGAGAAAAAAAAUAUGUGUGUAUAUACAAUCUGCUGGUGAGUACUUCCUGCAGUGCUGAGAGCAGAAAUAUUUUUCAACACCAUACUUAAUUUACCUUGGUUUCGGUCACUGAGCAGUUGCAUUGCUGAAGUCAUUGUAGCAAAAGCAUAUGCUUAGAAAAUAAAUAACCAAGGUAGCUAUCCUUUGGCUUGGCAUAGAGCAGUUCCAGCCCAGUUUUGUGCUAUCCUAAUAACACCUUUCCCCCCCCCUUGUUUUUUUGAAAAAACAGAGCAGGUGCCAAAUUUGGGCCUGAUAAAUCAAUUAAAAGAAAAUUAAAGGCAUGAACAGCAACUCUGUUUAUCAAAGUAAAAGUGCUUUUCUAUGGUACAAAGUUGGCCCAGAACAGUUUCUGGCCAAAGAGGGAAAACUUUUCAAGGUUUCUAUAUACACACUGUUGUGUUUUUUAUGGCGUUUUGUGACUGUUCAUGUAAAUCAAACUGCCUCCUCUCCAUAUGUUUGAAGAGUAGCCUCUGUGCAAGAACAUAAUCUCUCAAGAAAAUUAAACAUCGUUAAUUGUGAAAAGAAAUAUUUAUUUUUAAAGGUCUUAAAGGCUGCUGUACACAGCAAUGAACCAAGCAGAUCCAUGCAAUCUAAACGGUGAAACGAGAGCCAGAGAAGAGGAGACAAAGCAGCAGUUGAAGUGAAUACUGUAUAUAACAAAGCCAUGGCUGGUCUGUCUGUUCCAAGUGCUUUAUUAGAAACUAAACAAAGCUUGUCCCAUUGUGUUGAUAUCAUCCAGCUUGGGCAAAAGGUUAGCACUCUGCUACCCUUACUGUCAUAGAGCUAACCGAACAGAAGAAAAGCAGGAUCAGGAUUAACAGUGGGAGGGAAGGAGGCUUUCAAGGAGAAGAAAGGAACUGAUAAUACGUGCCAAGAAUAUAAACCAAAGAUACGUGACUUUAAAAGAUGAGC